UCUCUCUUUGCGCGUCAAUCUCUCUCUCUCUCUCUCUCUCUCUCUAUAUCAUUGCGAUUGCCCAAAUUCGUCAAAUUAGGGUUUUGUCUUGUGCCCCGCCAUCGAUCGCCAAUGACCGGCAAGGCGAAGCCGAAGAAGCACACGGCCAAGGAGAUCGCGGCCAAGGUCGACGCCGCCACCACCAACCGGGGCGGCGGCAAGGCCGGGCUGGCGGACAGGUCGGGGGUGGAGAAGGGCGGCCACGCCAAGUACGAGUGCCCCAACUGCAAGACCACCGCCCCGGACCUCAAGUCCAUGCAGAUCCACCACGACGCCCGCCACCCCAAGAUCCCCUUCGACGAGUCCAAGCUCAUCAACCUCCACGCCACCAUCGGCGACUCCUCCAAGGGCCGCCCCGGCGUCCGAGGUAGUCACAAGAAGUGAUCGGAGCGAGCUCGCCCGAGGGGGUGGGUGACGGCGGCUCCUCCGCCGAGCGCCGCCUCCCCCCCGCCGGUCACGUGCUCCUCCUCCGUCUUUUAUCGUUAGUCUUGGUGUCGGAUUCGAUGGUGUAAUGGUAGCUCGAUGAGGGAAGCUUGUGGGUGGGUGGGUUGGGUUGGGUAGGGUGUGGGGGAAGGUGGAGGGGGAGGGGGAGAAAGGGGGGGGGGUUUGAUGGGUCCGUCUUUUGAACGCUGUCUUCUUUGGCUAAGUUUGAUGUAUAUUGUAUGUCUCUCGGACUAUGAUGUCUUAGAAUUCGCCUAUCAUCAAUGAUCGAGAUGGACUUUCCUUGUCUUAGUUGUUACAUCCUUA